UGCUCAUCCUCCUCGUCUCUCCCAUUCCACUGCUCCGUGCGGGACAGUCUGCGUUAGGGCAGUGUGCGUUGGGACAGAGCGGAGGGUGCACGCCCACAGCUGAAAACCCUCAAGGAAAUUGCCGAGUUUUUUCGCAGGGGAGCUAUCAAUUGAAAGAGUUGCCAUGACGACCAGGGCGGUGACGGUGUCCCUGCUGAUGUGGCUCUACCUCAGUCAGCCUGCUGCGGUCGCUAGCUCGGAGGCUAACGCCGCGGAGUCCAAACAGACCAACCGCCAGCCUGCUACGGUCGCUAGCUCGGAGGCUAACGCCGCGGAGUCCAAACAGACCAACCAUCACCACGGCGGCAACCGGAUCACAACGGCGCAGUACGAGUGCUUCCAGAGGAUACUGAAGGAGUCCCACCCCCAGACAGGCCCGAUGUGCAACAGAACCUGGGACGGGUGGCUCUGUUGGGACCAGACGGAGGCCGGCUUCACCACAGAGCAGUUUUGUCCGGACUACUUCGAAGACUUUGACCCUAAAGCGAUGGCGUCCAAGGUGUGUACGGACGAGGGCCAGUGGGGGCGCCACCCCGAGAGCAGCCGGACCUGGACCAACUACACCACCUGCAAGACCCACACGGUGCAGGGUCACAAGACUGCGAUGAACCUCUUCUACCUGGCUCUGCUUGGUCACGGCCUGUCUCUGACCUCGCUCCUCAUCUCCUUGGCGAUAUUCUUCCACUUCAAAACUUUAAGCUGCCAGAGGAUCACACUCCACAAGAACCUGUUCUUCUCCUUCGUGCUGAACUCGGGCAUCACCAUCAUCUGGUAUACCACGGUGAACAACCACAACGACCCCAUGCAGAGUAACACCGUGAGCUGUAAGGUGAUCAUGUUCAUCCACCUCUACCUGAUGACGUGUAACUACUUCUGGAUGCUGUGUGAGGGCAUCUACCUGCACACACUCAUCGUGGUGGCCGUGUUCGCAGAGAAACAGCAUCUGUUGUGGUACUACCUGCUGGGAUGGGGUUUCCCGUUGGUCCCAGCCCUGAUUCACGCGGUGGCCCGGUACUGCUAUUACAACGACACCUGUUGGAUCCGAUCGGACACGUCACUGCUCUACAUCAUCCACAGUCCCAUCUGUGCUGCAUUACUGGUAAACUUAUUCUUCCUGCUCAACAUCGUGCGUGUGCUCAUCACCAAGCUGAAGGUGACCCACAAGGCGGAGUUCAGCCUCUAUAUGAAGGCCGUGAGGGCCACCCUGAUCCUCAUCCCCCUCCUGGGCAUCCAUUUUGUCCUGUUACCCUACAAGGGCCCCUCUGAGGUGUACCAGUACGUCAUGAACAUCUUCAUUCACACCCAGGGUCUUCUAGUAGCCACCAUAUUUUGCUUCUUCAACGGAGAGGUCCAGACGGUCCUACGGAGACACUGGAACCAGCAGCGCAUGCAGUUCGGCGGUACCUUCGCCAACGCCGACGUCUUCCGCUCCGCCUCCUACGUGGCCUCGUCCCUGACGGAGGUGCACCGCUGCUACAGCAUCGAGAGCCACACCGAGUACCUGAACGGCAAGAACUACCAGGACAUCCAGACGCCGGUGCACACCAUCCACAGAUCGGACAUGCCCUUCGCCUGAGCCACCGGCCACCGCAGCCCCGACGACCACCCCUCCCAAAAAAACAACGUCCAAUCAGAGACUCAGACUCCAUGGUUAGAUAUCUAAACCAAUCAAUCACAGGGUGGAGUUACCGUUCCUGUGAAGAUUGGGCGUCAGGAGUCAUGGCGGCCAGCUCCCACCUGUGUACUUGAAGACGCGUGGGAAAUUUGUGUCUUGAAACAACAACGUCACACUUGGGUCAGAAUCGACAUCAGCGGGAGUCAUUGCGUGAAUUAUUUGACAUAUUCCUUUAUAUUUUCCAUCCCGACGCUUCACCUAAGGCCUGCCUCAAUGAUCACAGAGCCUGGGAGGGCUUCUGAGGGAGAUAUUCAAGAUAAUUUGAGUCCAAUGUCUCGGUUCCUAUAGUCAGAAUAAAAGUUUGUAAAUAUUCACAUGCUCUAGAACAGACACACUCAUCGAAUGGAGCUAGCCUGCUUCCCGUAUUGGGGAUCGAAACUCGACAGAAAGCAUCUACUGUAAACCCAACACUGGAUUUUAACUGGACAGAUGUCUACCCUUGGAUUCUUGGGGGUUACGCAGGGCGGAACCUUCAAACAGUGCACCGAAAAGAAAAAACAAUGUCUCAAUAACUACUGAUAUUGGAUUAUUUGAAAGGUCACAUGGGUAACAAAUUCAGGCAGGUCCCUGAUCGGUAUGCAGAUAGAUAAAUACAUUUAGGAAGUAAAUAUGAAACAUGAAAAUACAGAACAUUUAUUUUCGUUUUUUUUAUUGACUUUCCCUUUAUUUAUUUCUAUGUGACUUUACAAAUGCUCUAAUAAUAUCAGACACUCGUGAUAACUAUUUAUGCGUUUGUUUAAUGACUAAUUUGUUUUUUGGACGGGGUCAGCCCUACAUAGUCUAACACUGACCCCCGUCGUACAGGAAGAGAAAUUAAAUCAUUUAUGUUCCUAUAUAUCCUUCCAGGAACACUUAGCAGAGCCGUGGGUAGUUUUCAACAUAUCAUUGUCCAUAUCUGGGACAAUAAUCAUGGAAUACUAAGUCAACUUGGACGGCUAACGGCCAGCUAAAAGAUAUUAUAUUGUACUUGAAAUAUGCAUAUGUUUUAUGUUAGUGAAAGCAAUGGAUACAAUCAUUACUGUAUUAAAAUCACUGAAAUAAUAUAAAAGCA